AUAAUCUGUUGCAGUCUGUGGGCCGAGAUCCAGCCCACAACCAGAAAGCCUUUCUUCGUAAAAAAGAAAACAAAACAAAACAAAAGGAAAAUAAAAAUUCCUGAGGUUUUAGGAUUCAGGGUUCUUGGGAAGGACAAAGGAAACAUGGCGGCUAAUUGUCGAAGAAAAACCCUAAAGUUCUCUUGUGCUUCAGCCAAGACCAUUUUGACCCAUUCACCAUCUUCAACAGCUGCUAAUAAUAAGUUGGCUGGCCUUUUCUCUCCUAAGUCAACGCCUGCAUCUCGAUUCUCUCUCCGCAAUCUCACUUCUUCCAGGCUCCCAGUGGAAUUAGGUGGUGCAGUAACUUUGACUCCAAUGCAUAGUGCUACAGCUUCUGCCUUGUUCACUUCAUUGCUUUCUUUGCAUAAUCAAAGAUGGGGGUGUCUGUCAGAAGGUCUAAGUUAUUGAUAUGUUUGAGCUGGCAGGAUUUGCAACUCCUCUGUAGCAUUGCCUAUGGACUUCCUGUUCUUGAUGCCGCUUGGACCUUCAUCUGCAGGAGGUUUUGUUUCUCAGCUUGUUCCCAAUUGAGAUUGAACAUAAUAUUUGACUGUGAAAAGGGAGUCAUAUGUCAUCUCUUGUCACCUUGUUCUCUAAGAAGAUUUUGGUCUAAUAUUGUUAUUGCCUUAUGUUCAUUGCAUGUCCUAAGAUAUUGAUAAUUUUAGAAAGAGAGAUUUAUUGAAUAGCUUGGCAAUUUGGAUCUUGUACUCUGGUUCUGUCAUCCUGUUGGUUUUACAUUUUGAAUGUAACAUAUUUUUUUAUUCAGAAGUACCAUUUAUUUGGAAUGAAAAUUUUGAAAUAAGUUUAAUAACUAAGAUAUUUUAUUCAAAGUUUUAUUAAAGCCUUAGCUUUUGGUCCUUAAAAGCAUAUUUUCAGUUUUUAAAGAAUCUGCAAAUCCUGUUUGUACUUUUAAUUUUUGGGUAGAGAACUUAUUUAAAAAUUAGGUAUGUUUAUAGGCCUAGUUAUACAUUUAGUAUUCAAGGCA